UGUGGCUGGGGCAUCGCUGGCCUCACUAUGUCUGCCAUUUUCAAUUUUCAGAGUCUGUUGACUGUAAUCUUGCUGCUUAUAUGUACCUGUGCUUAUAUCCGGUCCUUGGCACCCAGCCUCCUGGACAGAAAUAAAACUGGACUAUUAGGAAUAUUUUGGAAGUGUGCCAGAAUUGGUGAACGAAAGAGUCCUUAUGUUGCAGUAUGCUGUGUAGUGAUGGCCUUCAGCAUCCUUUUCAUACAGUAGCUUGGAAAAAUGCCAGAAUUUAAUUGCCGUCAGACUUCAGUGUGAACAAGGACUUAUCUGCAGAGAAUAAUGGAAAGAAUGGUUAACCCUUUUAUCUCUGAACAUUGAAUGAGAGAAAUUUCCAGAUGGUGUUCUCUAUUUUUUGUUAUUGGACCAAUGUUCUGUAUAAAUAACUAAGAUACAACCAUUUGAUACGCAGAGUUUAAUAGUCUGUAACAAUCAACCUCAGUACUGUUGCUACAAUAUUACAUUUUGUGCAAAUGUCAAAAAAAAAAAAAAAAAA